AUGCUUGCUCAGGCGCAAGAGUGUUUCUGGCAAAAAGCCGUGAUGGACUCACUCAAGGCCACCACCAUUGCAAAGCUUGCCCAAAGUGUCUCAGAUUUGUAUGCCACCUGCGCACAAUACAUUGCAUCAGCUUCGCUCCCCUCGGACUGGUCUCGUCAUAUCGAGUGCAAGCGCUGGCACUUUGCUGCUGCUGCAUCGUAUCGAAAAAGCUGCGACGACCUUGACCACCGCCGACAUGCGGACGAGCUUGGCCGUCUCAUGCUUGCGUCGACAUCGGUUCAUCGUGCUCAGACUUGCGUGUCACGGACGAUGCUACCAGCUGUUACCCGGGACUUGCAGUCGCUUCAGCAGGUCAUUCAGACAAAUCUCCGCCGAGCGGAAAAAGACAAUGAACUCAUAUAUCUCGAAGCACCAACGCAUGCAGCCAGUCUUCCUGAAAUCGGCAGUGCGUUGCUUGCAAAAGAUCUAUGUCCGUCGCAGUUGCGUGCUCCUUUGGCGUAUCUGAAGGCGCAAGCCUCCUCCACCAUGCCUAUAUGGUUUGGCCGUCUUGUCACGUACGGCAUCGAUGUGGCUGUGCGUCUUUACGAGGAUCGCAAAACUCAGUUCCUUCAGCAUGAUCUGGAAGCCUCUGUGAUGGAAUUGAACGAAGCACUCUCCAAGGCCCUUGCGUCGAUGCACACUCAUUCUCUCCUUCAGCGAUUGGCUACUCCUCACCGCGUCCCGCCAAAAUGGUUUGAAUAUGUAACGCACAUCCGUACUUGUGAAGUAUCGGAACUGUACGAGCGGCUUGAGAUGAUGGACGAAACAUCACAGACUUGCCAUGCAUUGUUCAAUCAACUAAAGACAUAUGCGGCCAAGCAUCCUCAUGAAACGUGGACACAUGUGCUCGAUGAGUAUGACCACACGCUCAUGCAAGCUGCGUCAAGUGAUGCCCAGAUACUAACAAAGCUGCACUCGGUUGAGGAUCUGCUGAAGACCAUGGAACGUGGCCAAAUGGCGCUGCACGAGUGGGCAAUGCCUGUCUUGCAUGCAUUGGAUCAAGUAUAUACGGCACAUACCGGUGAGAUUCGUAUGCUUCGUGUACAAGUCGAACAACUCGAAGAUGCCGUGAAGGAACGCCAGGCACUCGUUCUCCGUGCGCGCGCGGAGGCGGAAAGUGACGACAUUGGCGAAAGGCUAAUGCAAGCAGCACGAGAGCGGCAUCUGGGCGAGACCAGCGCAACGGAAGCGUCGAUGGUCGAUCCAGCCGAGCUGCAAGAUGUGAUGGACGAGGCCUUUCAGCGUUACACUGUGUAUGUGCAGGAGCUACAAGCAAGCGCAUCGUUGCAAGAAGACCGAAUCAGACAAAUGCAGCAUGACCAAACAUGCUUGCUCCGCUCUGCCGAUCUCGCGCAGGCGCUUGACGCACAGGCACUUGCUUGGGACCAAGUGGAGUCAGCAUAUACAACGUGGGAAGCAUUGCAACAUAAUAUGGAGGAAGGGACAGCAUUCUAUAACAAACUCUACGACAUGCUUCGACGUCUCGCGGACAACAAUGGCCUAGAAAAUGCGUAG